UCCAACAUGGCUGCCAGUAAGGGCGGCCGGAGACAUGGUCUGUUGCUUGUGCUUCUGAUCGCGGUGGCUUGUCUACAUUUAAUUGCGUGCCCGUUUACUAAGGUGGAAGAAAGUUUCAAUUUGCAAGCUAUUCACGAUCUUACCUACUACAGGCUCGAUGUAGACAAGUACGAUCAUCAUGAGUUCCCCGGGGUAGUGCCCAGGACCUUCCUCGGCCCACUGUUUAUUGCACUGCUGUCCGCUCCCGCAGUGUGCAUGUUGUCUCUGCUGGAAGCGUCAAAGUUUUAUUGCCAAUUGAUCGUGAGAGGCUUCUUGGGUCUGACCGUUCUUUUUGCGCUAUGGAAAUUACAGAAAGAAGUCCGGAAGCAGUUUGGAUCUACUACAGCUACUCUUUUCUGCUUGAUAACAGCCUCUCAAUUCCAUUUCAUGUUCUACUGCACACGGACUCUUCCAAAUGUAUUCGCACUUCCUAUUGUUCUUUUGGCAAUAACGUCAUGGAUAAAGUAUAAGACAGGUCCAUUUAUUUGGCUUUCUGCACUAGCCAUCCUUGUGUUCAGAUCUGAACUGUCUCUGUUGAUGGGACUAAUGCUGCUCCUAACACUCGCAAGGAAAAGGAUUUCAGUUCUAAAAGUCAUCUUGCAUGCAAUUCCGGCUGGAAUGGUUUGGUUGGGGUUAACUGUUGCAGUAGAUUCUUUUUUUUGGAAACGCCUGCUUUGGCCAGAAGGAGAGGUACUCUGGUACAACACUGUGUUGAAUAAAAGCUCAAACUGGGGUACAUCACCUUUUUUCUGGUAUUUUUAUUCGGCUUUGCCACGCUCACUGGGGUUUAGCAUUUUUCUUUUACCCUUUGGACUCGUUGACAGAAGGACUCAUCUGCUCAUCGCACCAGCUGUGGGCUUUAUAUUCUUAUAUUCUUUUCUACCUCACAAAGAGCUACGCUUUAUCAUUUAUACAUUUCCUGUCUUUAACAUAGUGGCUGCUAAAGGAUGUUCUUAUAUACUAAGUAACUACAGGAAGUCAUGGCUAUUUAAAUUUGGGGCUUUCAUUACAAUAGUACAUCUCCUUGGAAAUGCCGUCUACUCUGGAGCAUCACUAUACGUGUCCCAUUUCAACUACCCUGGAGGCGUAGCCAUGCAGUCCUUACAUAGCAUGGUGGAUCCAUCAACAGAUGUGUCUGUACACAUAGAUGUGGCUGCAGCUCAAACAGGAGUCUCAAGAUUUUUACAAAUCCACCCCCAUUGGAGGUAUGAUAAAAGGGAAGACCUCACACCAGGAGAUAAUACAAUGCUUUCCUACACCCACCUUAUCAUGGAGUAUGACACUCUGUCUAUGUCUCACUAUAAGGAUACACACAAAAUACUAAGGAACAUACAAGCCGUUGGUGGAAUCAGAUUUAACAUCGCUUCUUAUCCUCCUGCGUCUAUGAAAUUACUAACAAAACUUGUAAUUUUAGAGAAAGUUCCGGACAGGUUAUAAAUUGUACGCAAGACCUCAGGUUUUCGUUAUUUUGACUUUAAAUGGUGCUUCUAUGUAAUAUCUGUAAAAUGCAUCUGGAAUACUGGCUUUUUAUAUUACUGAAUACAUAAAAAUGUUAAACCCUGUUCAAUAACUUAA